GUCGGCGUCGAAGUUUUUUACUUUUGUUUGAAUUUUGAUUAUAAACGCAACAUAAAUAGUAUAAUUUGGAAAUUAAAGUAGCCAGUUCUAUUGCGUCAAUUGCGACAUAUUGUGGGAGUGACUCGUAGAACAAGCAAAAGAGAAAGAAACAAAUGCAGUGUAAUUCGCAGCUUGUGGCCGCGUCAUGUGUCAUAGCGGUAUUGAUGUUAGUGACCGCGCAGUCGACACAUGCGGCUACGUCUCAGGCAGGACUGCAGCCAGGUGGCAAGCUAAUCGAAUUGGACGAGGAUAAUUGGCACUUGAUGCUGAAAGGCGAAUGGAUGAUUGAAUUCUUUGCUCCAUGGUGCCCGGCAUGCAAGAACCUGGCACCAACUUGGGAACGGUUCGCACGCGUUGCGAAGGAUGUCAAGGUGGAGGUCGCCAAAAUCGAUGUGACUACAUCGCCAUCCCUCAGUGGCCGUUUCUUUGUCACCGCCUUGCCCACCAUCUAUCACGUCAAAGAUGGCGAAUUUCGUCAGUAUCGUGGAGCCCGCGACGGGGACGCUCUGCUACACUUUUUGAAGAAACAGCAGUGGCAGAGCAUUGAGCCGCUGUCCGCCUGGAAGAAGCCCGACACUAUCCAUAUGUCCGUGCUAUCCUAUUUCUUCAAGCUGUCGCACACCCUAAAGCACACGCAAAAAUUCUUUAAGGAUUUUAACGGGCGCUUACAAGAGGAAUACGGACUGCCCACAUGGGGCUCCUAUGCUCUGUUCGCAAUCGCCACCAUCUUCGUUGGCGCCGCGCUGGGACUGCUUCUUGUAUGCCUUGUGGACUUUGUGUAUCCACCCAAAAAAUCUCAGCGGCGGAGCUUCUCAGAGUCUCAGGACAAUCUAGCUGAGGGCGUUGAAGACCUGGCCACCGAGGAAAUCGAAGAUGAUGGCGAGGCUGCCGACGAUGAUGAGGAGCAACCGGAAGAUAGCGUCGAGGAAGAAGAAGAGGAGGAGGACGAUGAAGACAAGAGUAGCACGAAGGACUCUAACGAUGUUCCAGUUUUCCAGAAAGAGGCCCACAAAGUUGUCGAUGAGUUGGAAAAGAUCGAAAAAGAAGUAGCGAAGCAAUCAGGAGAUGCCGGUCUAGAAAAACUCGAAAAAACAGACCAAGUGCGCAAGCGCAAACCUCGCAAGGCGGAUUAGAUCCAGUCCAUUUCAGUAAUUGGACCAGCAACAAAAGACUAACAAACAGAAACAGAAUCAAGAAAAAUUUAGCAUUUUACAAAGCAAAUUGUUUUUACAUAUUCAUAUAAACUGUAAGCAAGUCAGGUCCUCGGCUCUGCGCACAUAAAAAAAUAUUUUUUUCUACACUUAAUACCAACACCAAAAGCAUACAAAGUUUACACGAGGGAUGGACCCUUAAUAUGUAUUUCCUAAAUAUGGGGUGCAA